UUGACCACUUAUUUACAAGCUAUAUGCUCCCAUUGCAGGCAUUUAUGAGGCUUCUAACUUAAUGCUAUAUAUACAACCAUAUCUAACCUAAGUUUUCUCACAACUCUUUUUUUGGUUAUAUUGUCUCAUGUCCUCAAGACCUUACAACUCUCUUUUUUUUCUGUUGUGAAAGGAAGGAGGAAGUAUCUUCAGACACAAGAUUUUGACCCGUAUAGAAGCCUCAUAAAUGCCUGCAAUGGGAGCAUAUAGCUUGUGAUCACAUUUGUGUUCUCUUUCUCAGACAAGCUACAAUAAGAAUAAGGUAUAUUUCAUUCCUUUAUUCAAUUUUCUGUUUUGUGAAGGGCGGUUAUUCAAAACCGAACAUGUCUAUAGUUGUCGGUUUCAGAAGAUGUUUUUCACCGGGAACACAAGAGGUGAAGAACAAUAUGUCGAUUUUCGUCUGAGAACACAAAGGCUUAAAAGGCUUUUAAGGAGCUGCUUCUUCUGCAAUCUCUCACAACCAUUUUGGUAACAACUCAAGCACUGGUUUUACCCCUUUUAAUCCGCUUAAUUUUUUCUAAUUUUUUCAAACUAUUUAGGCUAAACCUAAUUAAGAAUUGAGUUUGCUUUUUUAAACCCGUAGGUUGUUGGAUAUUUUUAAUAUUAAUUAAAACCCUAAUCUCUUUUUUAUAUAUUUAAAACCGGCAAUAUAAAUAUUAUGUGUAUAUAAUGCUUCUACUUUUAGUUAUUAGUUUUUUCCACUAGGUUUAUCAACGGUUUUGUUUUUCAAUGUAUAUGAUUUGGCGCUUUAAAAAAAGGUACAUGACAUCGGUGCUAAUAAAUAUAUGUUUUUAACAAAAUCUUAAAAGUAUGAUAAUAAAAUGAAGAUUUUGAAAGGUAUAAUCUAUAUAUUAUAUAUUGAUAGAUAUAUUAAAAAAUAUUCAAUAUUUCUAUUAUUCCAUUAUAAGGUGAAAUGGGUGGGAUUGAAGGUUAAUGCAUAAAAUGAAAAUUGUUUAAGUUAGAAUAUUAAAAUUAUAUAUAUUUUUUUAAAUUGAUAAAAUAUUAAACGUUAGUCAGUAUUUAUAAUAUUCUGUUAUAGAGCUUGAAACAAGUUAAGAAAUGGGUCAUAUCCUACCAAACUUAUUUUUUGAAAAAAAAAAUAUAGUUCUAGUGACUCUCUACUUACUAAAAAAGAUAUUAAUCUAUAAUAAAACAAAUAUCUAAACUCUCAAGUAACAAAAGGGAAAGUAAAUAAACCCUCCGACGAAAAUAAACGCUCUCCGACGAAUGAGUGGAUCAGGGAUCGAUUUUGGUAAUCAGAAGUGUCUUGCAACCAAGACACUUAUCGUCACUGUGCUUGGCGAUGAGAUUUCUGCUCUGUUUUUUUUUGGAGAGAAGCAACGAUUCCUUGGAAUCGAUGGCAAUAACCCUAAAAACUUGAUUUCUCAAGUUAAAAGGUUAGUGGGGCGAAGAUUCUCUGAUGUUGAGCUGCAGAGAGACAUAAAAUCUCUCCCGUACUCUGUGAUUGAAGGAGAAGAUGGAUAUCCAUUGAUUUGUGUUAGCUACUUGGGAAAGGAGGAAUACUUCACACCUACAGAAGUUAUGGGCAUGAUCUUCUUUAAAUUGAAAACCAUGAUUUUGAAGCAUCAGCCUCUGGCUGUGGUGAAUUGCAUUAUUUCUAUACCUGCGUACUUUGGUCAUCUCGAGCGUAGAUGUGUUUUGGAUGCGGCGAGCAUUGCUGGGUUGUCUACAUUACAUUUGAUUCACGAAACUACUGCUACGGCUUUAGAAUACGGUAUUCUUAGGCCUAAUUUUCCGGAGCGUUGGCAGAUCGCAUUCAUUGACAUCAGUCAUUCAAGUCUGCAAGUCUGCAUUACACGCUUCACAAAGGGGCAACUCAAAGUUUUGUCUCAUGGCUUUGAUCGGUGGUUGGGAGGAAGGGACUUUGAUGAAGUUCUUUUGAAUCAUUUUUCUCAGAUCUCCAAGGCCUCUCUCAGCCUCAGAGAGUGUGAGGAGCUGAAGAAGGUUCUCAGCGAAAAUGAAUUGGCACCAUUGGGUAUUGAGGAUUUGGUUAUCAAGACGAAAGAUUUUGUAGAAAUUUGUUCUCCGUUACUGCAGCGUCUUAAGGUGCCUCUAGAGAAAGCUCUCUCUGAUGCAGGACUCCGUGUUGGUGAUGUAGAUGCAGUCCAACAACCUAAAACUACAAGUUUGUAACCAUUUCAUUAAGAUGAUUAUAGAAGUUAUAAUAUAACAACAAAAAACGUACAGUUGCCAAUUCAACAACGACGAUUCCGUUGAGGGUCAAUCUCACUUUCACUUCACGCUGGGGGGGAUCAAUCGAGUAUCUGCUGAUUUUUAGAGGUGCUUGAAACUCGUCGGUCAGAUGUGUGUACUGAACAUCGACAGAGGUUGGUUCAGAAGGAUAAAAAGUAAGCGUUUCGACACUAGGGAUAGGG